AUGCAGCCUGUCUCAGCUCUUCUGACCACGCUGCUGCUGCAGCCCCUGAUGCUGCUCCCAGGGCUGCUUCAGGUACAGGCAGAGGGAGGGGGGAUCACAAGCAGAUCAAGACAACCACGUCCUGGAAAUGAGCUGGAGUCCAGGAGUCCCAAUGCCCUGGCUUCCCCCUGCAAGAUUCCAGACUUUGAUGUGCUGAGACUGGAGCGGGAGAAGGCACAGGAGCUGAUGACCCAGAUUAAGGCCAAGGGAGGAGUUAGUGAGGCUGAAGACCUCUUCCACCAACUCCAGGGCCAGGUGACUAAUGCCAGUCUCAUACUCAAGCUUCUGGCUGACUCCAACCAGCACAGCUUCAGCACUCACCAACAGGAGGUGGAUGUCCUUGAGGGCCUACUAAGGGAGUGUGAGAGGGAAAGGGAACAAGAACAGGCCUCCACAUACCCAGGUCAACCCCUGGCCCCUGGUUCUUGUGCCCAUCGAGGCCUCCAAAAAGUCAGCAAACCCCUUAUGGUACAGCUCAAUUGGAGAGGCUUCUCACACAAGUCAGGUGCCUAGGGCCGAGACUCAGCACCCAAUCCAGGCUCUUCCCUUUACUGGGUGGCCCCUCUGCUUGCAGAUGGCAGGUACUUUGACUACUACAGGUUGUGCAAGUCCUAUAAUGACCUGGUGCUGCAGAAGAACUAUAAGGAGAGGAACAUGGGCUAUGGAGAUGGCAGUGGCAAUACGGUGUACAAAAACAUCAUGUAUUUUAACUACUAUGGCACCAACAACAUGGCUAUGGUGAACCUUUCCUCAAAUACCCUAGUACUGCAGUACCCAUUGCCCAGUGCCACCUAUAAUAACCACUUCUCAUAUGCCCAUGUGCCCUGGAAGGACUUGGAUUUUGCUGGUGAUGAGAAGGGGCUUUGGGUGCUCUAUGCCAAUGAGGAGAGCAAGGGCAACCUGGUUGUGAGUCGUCUCAAUGCCAGCACCCUGGAAGUGGAGAAAACCUGGCACACCAGCCAGUACAGGCCAGCCCUGUCAGGGGCCUUCAUGGCCUGUGGAGUGCUCUACACCUUACGUUCGCUGAGCACCCGCCAAGAAGAGAUCUUCUAUGCUUUCGACACCACCACUGGGCAGGAGCGCCACCUCAGCAUCUUGUUGGACAAGAUACUAGAAAACCUGCAGGGCAUUAAUUACUGCCCCUCAGACCACAAGCUCUACGUCUACAAUGAUGGCUACCUGAUAACUUAUGAUCUCACCUUUCUGACACUGAAGCACAAGCUAGCAAGACCAUCAGCCAAAAGUCCCUCUGGGGCUCUUGCUUCACUAAAACCUGUCAAACUCAACAAGUGCUCCAGGAUUUGA